UUUCAGAUCGAACUCAACUACGUCCGCUUCCCGCAAAAAGCGCAAUCAAGAUGGCUGUCGACUUCCAGAGUAUCGCAAAGCAGUUCGUGGAACACUAUUACGCGACUUUCGACUCCAACCGCACCGGCCUGCUCCCUCUCUACAGGGAGAACUCGAUGCUCACCUUUCAGGACGCUCAGCAUCUCGGGGCUCAGAGCAUCGUUGAGAAGCUUGCGAGCCUCUCUUUCCAGAAGGUCACGCACAAGGUCUCGGGGCUCGAUGCGCAGCCCACACCCAACGGUGGCAUCAUCAUCCUGGUGACUGGGCAGCUUGUGGUCGACGAAGAGGAACACCCCCUCACCUUCUCGCAGGCCUUCCAGCUUUGCCAGGACCCGAAUGGCCAGUGGUUCGUCUUUAACGACAUCUUCCGGCUGGCCUUGCCCUAACCGACGACCCCUCUGACCUGCGACCCGGAUUGGAAUGGCGAUGGACUUCACCGGAGACUUAGGCGGGCGCGGCGAGAUGCAGCAUCUUGCUGGCUUGGUGAGGGCGGUGGAGGGCGCUAGGUGUUCUGCGACAACUUGUUUUGCGGCCGGUGCCUUUGUGGAGUGAGAAAUGAGAAGCAGAGCGCUGGGGUGUUCAUGUUGAAAGGCGGUUCUCGAUGCUCUAGUUUGGGUUAAUUCCAAAUGGAAAUCGGAGCCGUCAACAAACCCGCGA